UUUCUGCAUUCACGCUGCUCUGGGUUUAUGGAUGAAGCCGGUUAAAGAACUGCUAGUUUUCUCACAGAAUAUCCCUCAAUUUUGUGCGAUAUCGAAGGGCUCUCUGCAGCAUGACAGGACGGAGAUAUGACUGUUAAUGUCACGGUUUAAAUGAUGGCGUCAGGAUGGCGGCAGCCUCGAUCAGCUACAUCCGCUUUACUCAUUAACACCAUAAUCAUCUUCAUCAGCACCGGCGCGCAGACCCACACCUGUGACCAUAAAGUGCCCCUGCCUACAGAGGUGAUACAUAAAGUGUUUCUAAAGCCAGAUAGAUUGAUCAAAAGAAGCACUGACCAGCAGUUAAAGAUCCAGAUAGAGUACGACUCCAGCUUGGAUGGGUUAGAUGAAGACAAAAGCAGCCAUGUGAAGGACAAGCUCCUCCCACAGGCUAUUGAUUAUCUUCAGGAGGCCUUCAGGGUUCGUAGGCAGUCUGGCCCAAUAUUGCUGAGCAGGCAAUGUGCAACCAAUCAGUACCUUAGAAAGAGAGAUGAUCCGCAUCGCUACUGUCAGGGACCAUGUGCAGGCAUCACCAAGUGUGGCCCAGUUGUUGUCCCUGAACAACAUUUGCAACAAUGCAGGGUUUGCAGUGAGUCUGGAAAGUCCUGCGGUCCCGCCGGUCCUCCCGAUGGUGAGGGGGUGGCGAGGGCAGAUUUUGUGCUGUACGUGAGUGCGAUGACCACAGAGCGCUAUGGACAAGAGAACAUCGUAGCCUAUGCAGCGUACUGCCAGCUGGAGUCUGAACUGGACAGGCCCAUCGCUGGAUAUGCCAAUCUGUGUCCCAAUAUGAUCUCCACUCAACCUCAGGAGUUUGAAGGAAUGCUUUCCACAGUCAAACACACGAGAUGAUACAUGCCCUGGUAACAACAUUAAACUCUA